CUGGCUUUUCUGGACUCUGUGCUUCACCAGUAGAGGAACCCUAUGGAACAUUAAUUAGUUCCUGCAAUUCUAGAACCAUGACUGAUGGAAGAGAUGGUGUAGCAGUUCACAUUUAUAAAGAAUUUAUGAGACUUCCCUGGUGACGCACUGGUUAAGAAUCCGCCUGCCAAUGCAGGGGACAUGGGUUCGGGCCCUGGUCCAGGAAGAUCCCACAUGCCGUGGAGCAACUAAGCCCGUGUGCCACAACUACUGAGCCUGCACUCUAGAGCCCACGAGCCACAACUGCUGAAGCCCGCACGCCUAGAGCCCUUGCUCCGCAACAGGAGAAGUCACUGCAAUGAGAAGCCCAUGCACCACAACGAAGAGUAGCCCCCGCUUGCCACAACUAGAGAAAGCCCGCGCAGCAACGAAGACCCAACGCAGCCAUAAAUAAAUAAAUAAAUAAAUAAAUAAGAAUUUAUGAAGCAGGCACUUAGCAGGUUGGCUUGGUGACAUUCAGGGAUGUGGCCGUCGACUUCUCUCAGGAGGAGUGGGAAUUCCUGGAUCCUGCUCAGAGGGACUUGUACGUGGAUGUGAUGUUGGAGAACUAUAGCAACUUGGUCUCACUGGAUUUGGAGUCAACAUAUGAGACCAAAAAUACAUUUGCAAAAAAGGACAUUUUUGAAAUAAAUUUUCCCCAACAGGAGAUAAAGGAAAGAAGUAAAACCCUUGGCUUUGAGGCAUUCCUUUUCAAAAAUAAUUGGAAGUGUAAGAGAAGAUUUGAGGGCCUUCAGGGACAUCAAGAGGGAUACUUCAGUCAAAUGAUAAUCAACUAUGAAAAAGUGCCCACUUACAGAAAAUGUAAAUCUCUUACUGCACAUCAAAAAAUUCAUAAUCAAGAGAAACCCUACGUUUGUAAGGAAUGUGGGAAGGCUUGUAGUCAUGACUCAAAACUUGUUCAACAUGAGAGAAUUCAUAUGGCUGAAAAACAUUUUGAAUGUAAAGAAUGUGGGAAAGACUUUUUAAGUGCCUAUCAACUCACUGUGCAUCAGAGAUUUCAUACUGGUGAGAAACCUUAUGAAUGUAAGGAAUGUGGGAAGACCUUUAGUUGGGGAUCAAGCCUUGUUAAACAUGAGAGAAUUCAUACUGGCGAGAAGCCCUAUGAAUGUAAAGAAUGUGGGAAGGCCUUCAGUCGUGGCUAUCACCUUACUCAACAUCAGAAAAUUCAUAUUGGUGUGAAAUCUUAUGAAUGUAAAGAAUGUGGAAAGGCCUUUUUUUGGGGCUCAAGCCUUGCUAAACAUGAAAUAAUUCAUACAGGUGAGAAACCUUAUAAAUGUAAAGAAUGUGGGAAGGCCUUCAGUCGUGGCUAUCAACUUACUCAGCAUCAUAAAAUCCACACUGGUAAGAAACCUUAUGUAUGUAAAAUAUGUGGAAAGGCUUUUUGUUGGGGCUAUCAACUUACCCGACAUCAGUUAUUUCAUACUGGCAAGAAACCCUAUGAAUGUAAGGAAUGUGGGAAGACUUUUAAUUGUGGCUCAAGUCUGGUUCAACAUGAGAGAAUCCAUACUGGUGAGAAACCCUAUGAAUGUAAAGAAUGUGGAAAGGCCUUUAGUCGAGGCUAUCACCUUACUCAACAUCAGAAAAUCCAUACUGGUGAGAAACCCUUUGAAUGUAAAGAAUGUGGGAAGGCCUUUAGUUGGGGUUCAAGCCUUGUUAAACAUGAGAGAAUCCAUACUGGUGAGAAAUCCUAUGAAUGUAAAGAAUGUGGAAAAGCCUUUGGUAGUGGCUAUCAACUUACUCGACAUCAGAUAUUUCAUACUGGCAAGAAACCCUAUGAAUGUAAGGAAUGUGGGAAGACUUUUAAUUGUGGCUCAAGUCUGGUUCAACAUGAGAGAAUCCAUACUGGUGAGAAACCCUAUGAAUGUAAAGAAUGUGGAAAGGCCUUUAGUCGUGGCUAUCACCUUACUCAACAUCAGAAAAUCCAUACUGGUGAGAAACCUUUUAAAUGUAAGGAAUGUGGGAAGGCCUUUAGUUGGGGUUCAAGCCUUGUUAAACAUGAGAGAGUUCAUACUGGUGAGAAAUCCUAUGAAUGUAAAGACUGUGGGAAGGCCUUUGGUAGUGGCUAUCAACUUCGUGUUCAUCAGAGAUUUCAUACUGGCAAGAAACCUUAUCAAUGUAAGGAAUUUGGAAAGACAUUUACUUGUGGCUCAAGCCAUGUUCAACAUGAAAGAACUAAUAAUAAUGAUAAACCCUACAAAUAUAAAGAAUGUGGGGAAGCCUUUAUAUGGACAGCUUACUCAAAUAAGACAGUUGAUGCUGGUGAAACUUUAUGAUCGAAGAGAUGUGAAAGAACAUAUUUUUGUGUGUGUACAGACAACAUGAGGAGAAGUCUUACUCUUGAGAAACCUUAUGAAUGUAGGGAAUGUG